CGCGCCGGGGGAAGGGUCGGGGUCGCUCGGGGGGCAUGAGGAGGUGACGGCGGCGAAAGCAAGAGAGCCAUGCUGCGCGCCUCUCUCCGACAGGUGUCGGCAGCGUUGAAGGAAGGACGAGUCACUCCCACGGAGCUCUGCCAGCGAUGCCUGGCCCUCAUCAAAAGCACCAAGUUUCUGAAUGCAUACAUUACCGUAACGGAAGAGACCGCUUUGAAGCAGGCUGAAGAAUCAGAGGAAAGAUACAAAAGAGGUCAGCCACUGGGCAUUCUCGAUGGAAUUCCUAUUGCUGUAAAAGACAACUUUAAUACAACUGGCAUUGAGACAACAUGUGCAUCAAGGAUGCUAAAAGGUUAUAUUUCUCCUUACAAUGCUACAGUAGUUCAGAAAUUACUGGAUCGGGGAGCUGUGCUUUUAGGUAAAACAAACCUAGAUGAAUUUGCAAUGGGAUCUGGGAGUACAGAUGGAGUAUUUGGACCAGUCAGAAAUCCCUGGAGUUAUUCAAAACAGUACAAGGAAAAGUCUGUCCCAAAAUCCCAUUCUGAAGACAAAGAGUCUGACUGGGUAAUAACAGGAGGGAGUUCAGGAGGCAGUGCAGCUGCUGUGUCGUCUUUCACAUGUUUCGCAGCCUUAGGGUCAGACACAGGAGGAUCUACCCGAAACCCUGCUGCUCAUUGUGGUGUUGUAGGUUUAAAGCCAACAUAUGGACUGAUCUCUCGCCAUGGUCUCAUUCCUCUAGUGAACUCCAUGGAUGUGCCAGGAAUCCUAACCAGAUGGGAUGACGCAGCAGUUUUGUUAGGUUCACUUGCUGGACAUGAUCCUAAGGACUCUACCACAAUUCAGGAUGACUUUAAGCCGUUUGAACUACCUGAUUUGACUGAUGUCAGCAAGCUUUCAAUAGGAAUUCCAAAGGAAUAUAAUGCACCAGGACUGUCUAGUGAAAUUCUGGCUCUCUGGUCAAAGGCGGCUGACCUGUUUAAGAAUGCAGGUGCUAAAGUGCUUGAAGUGAGCCUACCACACACUCGUUACUCAAUUGUCUGCUAUCAUGUGCUGUGCACUGCAGAAGUGGCAUCAAAUAUGGCCAGGUUUGAUGGACUGGAAUAUGGACAUCGUUCUGACGUGAAGGAUUCCACCGAAAGCAUGUAUGCUGCAACACGGCGAGAAGGCUUCAAUGAUGUUGUAAGAGGAAGGAUUCUAUCAGGAAACUACUUCUUGUUGAAACAGAACUAUGAGAAGUACUUUGUCAAGGCACAGAAAGUGAGACGUCUCAUUGCCGAUGACUUUGUGAAGGUUUUCAGGAGCGGUGUUGAUAUUUUACUCACUCCCACCACUCUGAGUGAUGCAGCUCCAUACACAGAAUUCAUCCAGGAAGACAACAGGACCCGAAGCGCUCAAGACGACAUCCUAACACAGGCUGCAAACAUGGCUGGACUGCCAGCCAUAAAUGUUCCUACAGCCCUUUCAGAGAGAGGCUUGCCAGUUGGGCUUCAGUUCAUUGGACGUUCAUUCCAGGAGAAGCAGCUUCUCACUGUAGCCAAAUGGUUUGAAAAACAAGUACAAUUCCCAGUGAUUCAACUAGAAGAAGUAAAGAGGCAUGACAAUGGUGUCUGUCAGCAUCAGAAGUCUGCUUCUUUUUCAUAGCCUGGGACUUGCUAGUCAGCUAGAGCAAGAAAGCUGUGGGCAUGGUCAAGAAAUUAAUUUAUGCAGUUAACUGUCUUCUGCAGAAGUAAUAAUCUGUUUUAAGAAGACGUUAUGCAGUAAUGCACACUGGAAUCACAGCAGCUUGUUACGGUGUAAUUAAGGCAAAGUGAAUCAUUAAGUAAACAUUACCAUGUUAUUAAGAGCCAUUUCUUAUUGAUAUUAAAAACAUCAAAUUGAAAUUGU